UUACAUUUCGAAUAAUUUAAAUGUCAAAAAAUUGUAGGUUUGAUUAUAAAAAAUAGUUUCGCUAUUUUGUGCAUACAUUUUAUAUUAUAAAUUAAUUACCAUGGCCACAUUGCCACCGAGAAGAAAUCCUACACCCACGAAAAUUUCCAAACAACAUUUGACCCCUCUACAAAUUCUACUUCAAAUGGGGUUUCCGAAGCACAGAGCAGAAAAAGCAUUAGCAGCUACAGGAAAUAGAGGAGUUCAAUUAGCCUCAGACUGGCUUUUAGCACAUGUUAAUGAUCCCCUUCUUGAUGAUACUUCUCCAAGAGAAUACAUAUUAUAUGCUUGCCCACUUGGUGAGUUUUUAGAACAGCUUCAGAACUUCUGGGAGAAAUCGUUAGAAAUUUGUGGAUGGAAUGGAGCCCACAAUUUUACACCACAUAUUACCUUAGUAUCUUUUUUUAAGGCACCAGAUGCUGAUGCACCACAUUUAUCUAUGUCACUUAAAUCAGUAAUGGAAAGGCAGGGGGCAAUAUUGAACGAACCACUAAAACUUGAAACUUAUGCUUCUCCAAAUUUUAUGGGCUUUUUUGUUGCUGAAGACCAUGCAGAUUAUUUGAAGCGUAUAGCAAUGCAAUAUGUAAAGGAAGUUUCAAAUGCAAUUAUUAGUGACACUUAUGAACAAUUUGAUGCGUUAACAGCCUGUUUUCCUUGGUGUACAACCACCACAGCACGUUGCAUUCCAAGGGGUAGUAGAUCAAUAAGCUUAGAACCACAUGUUAAAUCGUUGCAUUUAACUUUGGCAUAUCAAUUUCCAAACACACAAUAUUCCCAGUUAAAGGCAUUAGUUGAUACAUUAGAUCCAACAUUAUCAUCUGGUUGGGAACUUCGUUUGUAUUCAAGAGAUCCAAGAGUAAAUGGAAAGCAAGUUCACAAGGUCGUACAUCCCUACACUCAUGCUGAAUGUGAUGAGUUGGAGUUAAGGACGGGCGAUUAUGUAUAUUUAAGUGCGGAAGCUGUUGCAAAUUCUCCAGAUGGUUGGGUUGAAGGCACAUCUUGGUUAACAGGGUGUACUGGACUUUUACCUGUAAGUUAUACCGAAAGGACAGCAGAAUCUGACGCUUGGACGCUUCAUCGAAAAGUAUCACUUAAUAAUCCUUCAGAGAAUUCAGCUAAUACAAUUGGUGGUAGAUCUGCUAGUCAAAAGGAAUCUCAGAAACACCAUCCUCCUUUAAAACAAAGUUUAUCUGAAUCAUACCAAGUGAAAUCUUCUUCUGAUAUGCAGACUUUUAAAUCUCUUGAUAAAAACAUUUCAAAUGGGGAUGCAGUCGAUGCUGCACUCCCAAAAAGUAACUCACCUGAAUUAAACAUUACAAGUAGUCCGAUCGAACCAGAAAAUCUAGAAACAGCUGAACAAACCGAAUCCGAAGCAAUAGAAAAUAAGGACGUUGAGUGUUUUAAAGACGAAGUCCAGAUAUUAGAUAUAAGUACUCGAAGAAGAUUGUUUGUAAUGCGUCAUGGUGAGCGCGUGGAUUUUACAUUCGGCACUUGGAUACCCUAUUGUUUUGACGAAGAAGGGAGAUAUAUUCGAAAAGAUUUGAAUAUGCCCGUGGUUCUUCCUGAACGAAAAACUGGCCCUACAGCCUACAAAAAGGACUCGCCUUUGACGCAGAUUGGGCUUUAUCAGGCUAGGCUAGUUGGGGAAGCCCUUAGAGACUCUGAUUCUAAUAUACAUCAUGUAUAUUGCUCUCCGUCCUUUAGGUGCGUGCAGACGUGUGCUGAAGUUCUAAGGGGCCUUGGUAGAGAGGAUAUUAAAAUGAAAAUUGAACCCGGAUUGUUUGAGUGGCUUGUCUGGUAUCCUGAAGGAUUACCAGAAUGGUUAACACCCAAUGAAUUGAUCAAUUUCGGUUAUAAUAUCGAUGUGGAAUACAAACCAUUUGUUCCUAUGGAAGAACUUGCGGAAAGGAGAGAAACAUGCGAAAGCUUUUAUACUAGAAGCUCCUUCGUUACAAAAAAGGUUUUAGAGACACACUCACUGGGCGACGUGUUCUUUGUGGGGCACGCAGCCACUCUGGAUGUGUGUACAAGAGAAUUGAUCGGUGGAAAACCUCGGUCAUCGAACGAAAUGUCGAAAUUAUUGCCUAAAGUGCCGUAUUGUAGUGUGACAGUUGUAGAAAAUAAGGGCGAGAAUUGGGAACAUGUUGAGCCCCCUCUACCACCUAUUAUGCACUCAAAUAAUCAAAGGUUUGAUUGGAAACUGUGGCAUCAGUAACAUUCGCUUUUUAAAUGGCUUGAUACUUAUUAUAGAAAAUAAUUAAACAGGACAAAUGAUCACAUUCCUAUCACACCAAAGAAACCACUUGUUUAAUAAUAUGCAUUAUUUUUGCGAAAAUGAACUGCGCCCUACAAUUUAUUUAGGUACAAAUUAGCUUCAAAUAAUGAAUUGACUGUUGUAAAUGUUAAAUAUUUAAAUUUAUUUAUUGAUUCUAAUAAAAAAAAGUAUAAUCAGUUUU